UCCUUUCCAGUCACUGUCAUUUCUUAUGAUUUCUCAGCUUUCAAUUGGUGAUGUCAUUCUAUUUUGUACGAGUUAAUUAAAGGAAAUACAAUUUCAUCUAUCCUUCAACAAUGAACAACCGGUUCGCCCAAUUUGAUCUAGAGGCGCUCUUUGGAAUUCCGCUGCUCUGUCCGGUGGAAAAGUGCCAGUCGCAAAUGGCUCCACUUGAAAUGCUCGCCCAUCUGUUGAUGCGCCACGAUCCGCAGGAUUCGAUGACCGAAAUCGGAGCUGAUUUACCAAACCAAUACGAGGUGGAACUGGAUAAAUUAACACCGGGCCGGAAUCAUUCGGUGGGUGUGAUUGCCUACGCGGGAACCCCAAAUCUAGAACUCAGCUAUCCAGUCACUUCGGAACUGCAGGUUUUCCAUCAUCUGCCCAUUAUCCUCAUGUUGUACGUGAGUCCGCCUUUUCUGAAUAUGGAGCAGACCUACAUUUUCUAUCUGGUGAGUCCGGUGGCCUCCAAGAAGGUCAGUGCUCGGGUCACUUUACUGGAUGGUUCGCUUGCCAAUGAAAAGGCAGGAUUGCGAUGCCUUCGAAAUUCACUGGACAGUCCUUUGGAGGCCAACAGGCAGCUGAUGUACUGCAACACGGAUUAUCUAAUUUACACGGCUACUGACAUCAGGGAACUGUCUCUCUCGGGAAAACAGCGAAGGAUCUUCGUGAAGAUCAUACUCCAUGGAGAACCCGACAUCUUCGAAGUGGACACCCAUCCAAAGUUGCCCGACUGAAUGAAAAAAUGACUCAUUUGGUUCGAUAAACACUUAAGUGCCGCGCCACCAAUUGACGCACACUUGAAAUCCGAGUGGCUGUCAAUAAUAUUCGAUUUGUCUAAUGUAUACCUAUACUUUGCUCAAAAAACUGUCAGAAAAAUUGGUCUCCCCCA